AUGCAUGUUUUCUUCAUCUGUCGUUUUGCAAAGGAAGUCUGGAAACUCAUCCCGUUAAAGAAUCCAGUUCACAUAGCUGCUGAUCUAGACUUCAAGAACGCAAUGAUUCUCUUCCGAAGAGCCACUUGUCUACUGCCGACAAGAAUCAAACAUAGCAUCCUUCCCUGGGUAUGCUGGUUGCUCUGGACUGCUCGAAAUAAACUCAUCUUCGAAGACAAAACCUCUACACCUGCGGAUCUAGCGAUAAAGGCUUUAACAGCAGCAAGGGAGUGGGAUCGAGCACAACCUACAUCAACAAAGUCAGCAUCUUUUGGCGUGUCAAACCAAAUGUCCUCAAAUCAACGAAGCGCUUACCUGUCGAAGAUAACAUGCAAGGUUGACGCCGCUUGGGAUUCCUCCACGAAGAAAGCGGGAAUUGCCUGGAUUAGGCCUGAGCAUCCGGGUCUUUACGUCGGGUUCGGGUCGGGUUUUAUCGGGUCCGGGUCCUUCGGUUCCUAG